GAACCGGAAGAAGUGAAGAACGAAGGUGGAAGGUCUAAGACAGAGGAAGAAGAAGAUUUGCGUCGCGCCGUCGCCUCACAUCUACGCCGUCCAGCACUUCUCCAUCCGCUAAUUACACUUUAGUCUUCAGGAUGGUGAUUGAUGCGGACACUUUGAUGCAAAAGUAUCCUAAUGUUUCUCAAGAAGAAAUUGACAAAUUCCGAACAAUUGCUUAUUACCCAGCUUUUAGUGAGUUCCGCUUUGAGCAUAGGGUGGCUGAGCUUCACCGUAUGAGAGAAGAAGAAAAGAAACAUGGUAAGCAAGCUUUUCUAGUAGGACCCUUGGUCCAACUGAUUUCAGUACAAUUUCUACCUGCAGUAGAUAAUUUGGAUCGAAACCAAUCUUUCACCAUUUAUGGUCAAAUAUAUGCUGAAUUCCCUGAUACCACUAGUGAAAAUUGGAUUGUCCAAGAUUUCUACAAUCGGAAGAGUAGUGAUGCUCAAGUCCUUGAAAAAGAUGGCUUCUUAACUCUGAUUACCCCAGAUUGUUCUCGUUGGCCAUUUAAUGCACACAUGGAGCAUGCUAGGCUGGUUGUAGAUGUUUAUGCGGGGGAUGAGAACAUAUGUGCUCAGUUUGGUUGUGCUGAUGAUGUGAAUGACCAGGAGCAUCUUAAAUGGAAACGAAUCCAUCGUGGUUUUGGUUCCCUUGUAUUGUGCUACAGUGUUAUACCAUUUGCUAUUUAUGGUCGUGUAAAGGUCUGCUUCAUUCGUAAGCAGGGUUGCACACAAAAUGUUGAUAAUCAUUUUCUUAAAGUGAAUGGAAAAGUUGUUGCUCGUUCUUGCAACAGUUUUGAUGGUUAUACGCUUUUUGAUAAGAAGCCUAAUGAAUUUGAAGAAGUAGAAACUAGUAAUCGGGGAAAGUUGAACAUGUCUAGAAGUUGGGUUGGUUUGUCGGCCAAUACGUCCCUUAUCAUUGACAUUCACUUAUCAGAAUACGGAACGGAGCACGAAAUUCUUAGAAAAUCUUUAGACGUGCAAAUCCGAAAUGAUGUUCCGUGUGGUGAUGACUUCAUCAUAGGUGACAUUUGUAUAAAUGUGUCUGUGUUAUGGUACUCGCCUAACCAGGGAAGGUGCUUCAAGGAAAAUUCUGGAAUGUUGCUCGAUAGUGUGUCCUCUAGUCAUGAAUUAUCUUCACAAGAAACCAGCAAAGAAGAGGAUGAUGGUGAUGACGAAAUGAGUGAGUUUGGUGAUACUGAAGGGCCAUCAAACAUUAGCCGUUGUUGGAAAUUGUGUCCGCAUCUGGACAUACCAUUACCGUCCAGUGCAUUGCAGAUAUUCUCUGUCUUUAUUGGCCGAGAGAAGCUGAAGGCUUUGCAAAUAUAUGGCUCGAUUAAAGUUUUGUCUCCUCCAUGCUCCUACUACAUUUUCAACAAAGAAGCUAGUGGUGCCUUUGGAUUAGAGGAAGGUUAUAAAACUAUUCCAGUACUACAUGGCCCAGGAGUGCGUGAUGACUGCCGGACAGUGAAAAUGAAAUUUGACUUGAAAGAUCGAAGUAGUCCCUUGUAUAUUAGGGGUCGUCUAAAAUUGCAUUGGAGCUUGUUUACUAAUAGCCCAACAUGGAAUGAAAAACUACUAUGCUCCGUUGUUCAAGGUGAGCAUGGUUUUGCUGCAGUGCAUUAUGCUCUAUUUUCUGAGGCGGUCCAAGCAAAUGUUCAGGUAUUUUGCAAAUCAAAAAAUGAAAAUGUUGAUUUCUCUCCUAAGGUUUUUGGGAGUCUGGUUGCUCACUACAGCAUCUAUGAUUAUACAUCCCGUUAUAAUAAAGAUUUCUUUCGAAUCGUUCUUUUCGAGAGAGAUCAAAGGGAUCCAGCACAAGUAGUAGGGACUGAAGGGGUGAUAUCACUUGCAAGGCCUUCACUUGUUGUCCCAAUGGGUUCCACUCUUAUUGUUGCAGCCAAUCUGUUUGGCGGAGUUUCUAAUCAAGGCUUCAAAGAAUUUCGGAUUGGUUCUUCUAGUCCUUUAGUCAUGGAGGGAGAGAAUUACAAUAUUUAUGUUCAUGUGAAGUGGUGGGGGGACGUGAGUGUUUAAAUUCAUAUUCUUGAGCAUCCACAACCAUCUGAAAAGCUUCAGAUGCAAAAUCCAAUAUCACAUGAGAUUGGGUUGGGGUUUUUUUUUUAUGGUUAAGUUUGAUGAAUUAUGAUCUUUGCUAUGUAUGUAGUAGAACUCAAUCAAGCUUCAUGUUAUUUCGUGGUUUUAAGCUUCAGUCUUUGAGCUUUUUAUCUUUUUUCCAUUGCAUGCUAUGGUAGUGUAUUGAAAGACUGGAAGGUUAUGGGCAAUGU